AUGUCUACCCUUAUUGAUACUCAACCUGACUCCUUUGAUCUCGACUACUGGUAUUUUAAAUACCAAGGUCGUUUUGGUUUUGGAAUGACAGAAGACAAACCACAAUCUCUCCGCAUCCUUCCUGCUAAUGUCAAUCCCAAAAACUGUAAAGUUAAAAAUAACAAGAAUUAUCACUUCUUUCUUUUACCUAUACAACCUGCACUUAAAACCUGUAUCUGUGGAAAAUAUUAUGCAAACUUCAAUUCGAAAUUUUUUAAAAUUACUCCUCCACCUCAACAACAACCUGCUCUAGCUAUAGAAAUCUCUUCAACCAUUUCAAAAAACAGAUUCAAUAGAAUUUCUAAAAAACUUCCUGAAUCACCUGCUCCUCAAAUCACUUCUAAAAUUCUUUUUCCCAAUUUCUCUCUGCAAUCAAACCCAAAUCUCGAAAUUAUUCCACAUUCUCAACAUACACACUACUGCACGAUCU